AUGUUUCACAAUACAUUCCAAAGCGGUCUUCUCUCGAUACUCUAUAGCAUUGGUAGUAAGCCACUACAAAUAUGGAGCAAAAAAGUGCGUAAUGGGCAUAUAAAAAGGAUAACUGAUGAUGACAUACAGUCGUUAAUUAUUGAAAUAAUUGGAGCAAACGUCAGCACUGCCUAUAUAUCUUGUCCGCUUGAUGCUAGUAAAACACUUGGAAUUAAGUUGCCGUAUUUUGUAAUGAUUGUGAAGAACCUAAAACGCUAUUUUUCUUUUGAAGUUCAAGUACUCGAUGAUAAAGGUGUGAAAAGGAGAUUUCGCGCUUCCAAUUAUCAAUCCAAUACUCGAGUAAAGCCAUUUAUCUGCACGAUGCCAAUGCGGUUGGAUGAUGGCUGGAACCAGAUCCAGUUUAACUUAGCUGAUUUUACCAAGCGUGCCUACGGAACUACUUAUGUUGAGACUCUACGCGUCCAGAUCCAUGCGAAUUGUCGUUUGCGUAGGGUUUACUUCGCUGAUCGCCUUUACACGGAAGAAGAGUUGCCUGCUGAGUUCAAAUUAUAUCUUCCAAUACGUGGUGGAGUUGGUUGCGAAUUCUGCCAUUUUGCAAUGACAGCUCAGAUCGUCGUUUCUUAA